AGUCAAAAUCAGUCAACCGAAACGUGAAUUUUAAUUCCCUUUUUUGUUAGUCGACGGAUCGGAGUUUGACGAGUCUCUUACUUACGAAGUUGGAAGUUCAGUUAACUCUGUUGAUCUGUUCUGUAAGCUCAGAAUCUCUGAUCUAGAUUCGAUCGGAGUUGUGUGUUUUCGACUGAUCUUGAAGUUGCUAAAUCUCGUCUAAGGUAAAAAAAAAAAACACUUAGCUAUGAACACCAUCGUUGUUGCUCAGUUGCAGAGACAAUUUCAAGACUACAUGGUUUCUCUUUAUCAACAGGGAUAUCUUGAUAAUCAGUUCACUGAGUUGAGAAAAUUGCAAGAUGAAGGCAGCCCUGAUUUUGUAGCUGAGGUUGUCUCUCUCUUCUUUGACGACUGUGCUAAGCUUAUCAAUGACAUGUCUAUAUCACUGGAGCGGCCAGAUCAUGUGGAUUUCAAACAGGUGGAUUCAGGGGUGCAUCAACUCAAGGGUAGUAGCUCCAGUGUCGGUGCAAGGAGGGUAAAAAAUGUGUGUAUAGCUUUCAAGGAAUGUUGUGAUGUUCAGAACCGUGAAGGGUGUUUAAGGUGUUUGCAGCAGGUGGAUUAUGAAUAUAAGAUGUUAAAGACCAAACUUCAGGAUCUGUUUAAUUUAGAGCAACAGAUCCUCCAAGCUGGAGGUACAAUUCCUCAAGUUGAUAUAAAUUAGACCGAUGUGUUUCUCGAUUAUGCAAAUGAUCAAGGCUGAAUUCAUGAUGAUAUCGACACUCCUCUUUAGUACACUGUCCCUAGCCAAAGAUCUUGUCUUGCUGAGACUAUUAAUCGAGUUAUAAGAGUAAAAAUUGAACUGUAUAUUUAUAAAUAGACAUGUCCAUAUAUAUGUCUAGUUCUCUGUUUGGCCAUGGUUGGCUUCAGGUUGUGUUUUGUGACCAACCUGGUAUGAAUGGUAAUGUUGAUACUUGAUAGUUGAUACAAUGAUACUGGUGAUUGUUUUAUGUUCUUUUGCAUGAAUUUGGUGAUGCCUAA